UCCCAGGCAGGGUGUCUUUACACACGUAGCACGCAGAGGCCAUGGCACAAUCAUGACGUUGGGGAUCAAGGACUGAUCUGCAUUUUAAGUGGGUGUGACCCGGGUUAUUUAUUGGCUGAUGAGGGGAGAGAAGCUGGAUGGCCAGUCCCAGUAGGGUGACUAAGAAAGUAAGCAGGGCUGUGUCUCAGGCACAAGACGAUGGGCUUUAUGGGUUAGUAUUAAAAAAAAAAAAAAAAAAAAGAGGACUUGUGUCUCUACAGAGUGGAGAGGGAACGCUGGGACAGAGGCAGAUUAAAAAAAAGAAAAAGAUCCCUGAGUAACUCAAAUGCAAGAACAUUUUAACACUCCAGGGUGAGGAAUCUGUGCCAAUAUGUCUGCCUACUACAGUAAUAAAGGGUAUGAGGAAGAUCCAGAUUACCCUGACUAUUCACGAUCUCGGAACCGUACAUGGGGACAUUUGAAAACUCAGGAUUAUCCAGAUUCUUCAUAUUCUCCAAACAACUCAUGCUACCCUAGCACCAGAAGCAACCCAUACUCUACAGACUACAGAACAAGUCCAGACUAUCCCGAGUCUCUAGCAGAACCAGAUUAUCCAGGAUCUCAGAGUAAUCCAGACCAGUCUGGCACCAGAAGCAAUCCAUUUUCUUCUGGCUCAAGAAGAAGUUCAGAUUAUCACACAUCUUUGUCAGAGCCAGAUUAUAUUGGAUCUUGGAGAAAACCAUACAAUCCAGGCUCAUCCAGAGAGCCAGACUACUCUGAAUCCCAGCAGAAUUCUGACUUUGCAGGUUCCAGAAGGAGUGGAAACUAUGCAGGCUCCAGAACAAAUCCUGAUUAUCUUGACUCUUUCGGAGAACCAGACUACCCUGGAGCUCAGGGAAACUCUAACCGUUCUGGCUUCAGAGAAAAUUCCAACCAUCUCAGUUCCAGAAGGAAUCCAGAAUAUGCUGGCUCCAGAAUCAAUCCAUACAUAGACACUCUGGGAGAGCCUGACUAUCCAGGAGCUGAGAAUCAACUUAACCCUCCAAACUUUUUUGGGGAACCAGACUAUCCCAAUGCUGAGGACUAUCAGAACACUCCAGACUUUUGGGGGAAGCCUGAUUACCCAGUUGCUGAGGAUGAUCAUGGUUAUGGCUCUCCUGAGACUUCAGAAAUAACCAGAGAGGUGCUCAGCAGAACAUCUUCAAUCCGGCCCUCAUUUCGUCAGGGGGGUGAUGGCCCCUUGGGCAUCCUUGGGAGAGAGAAUGAGGAUUAUCCUGAAAGCAUUGCAAUGAAAUCCAUGGCAAAUCCAUAUGACAGCUCUGUGCCAAGGGCUCCUGGUGAUGGUUAUGUGAACCCUGCUUAUGUGAGUGAAAGUAGCCCCCACCCAGUUUAUGGAAACCCACCAUUGUUUGGAAGCUACUGGCAUAAGUCACCCCAAGGACAAAAGUUAAUUGCAUCUCUGAUACCAAUGACAUCUAGAGACAGAAUUAAAGCCAUCAGGAAUCAGCCGAGAACCAUGGAAGAAAAAAGGAACCUUAAGAAAAUCGUUGAUAAGGAGAAAAGUAAGCAGUCCCGUCGUAUGCUUGAGGUCAAUUGCUGUGCCCAGUGUCUAAACUCCAUUUCACGGGCUUACCGGAGAUCUAAGAACAGCCUGUCAGAGCUGCUCAGUUCCAUCAGCCUAUGGCAGAAGACGCUCAAGGUCAUCGGAGGCAAGUUUGGAACCAGCGUCCUUUCCUAUUUUAACUUUCUGAGGUGGCUUUUGAAGUUCAACAUUUUCUCGUUCAUUGUGACCUUCAGCUUUAUCAUAAUACCUCAGUUUACUGUGGCUGAGAAGAACACCCUCCAGUUCACCGGACUGGAGUUUUUCACGGGGGCGGGUUAUUUUAGAAACACAGUGAUGUACUAUGGCUUUUACACCAAUUCUACGAUCCGGCACGGGAACGGUGGGGCAUCCUACAACAUGCAGCUGGCCUAUCUCUUCACAAUCGGAGCAUGUUUGAUCAUCUGUUUUUUCAGUUUGCUAUUCAGCAUGGCCAGGUAUUUCCGGAACAACUUCAUCAACCCCCACAUUUACUCCAGAGGGAUAGCUAAACUGAUUUUCUGCUGGGACUUCACCGUCACUCACGAAAGAGCUGUCAAGCUGAAACAGAAGAAUCUUAGCACUGAAAUCAGGGAAAACCUGUCAGAAAUCCGUCAGGAGAAUGUCAAGUUAACGCUCAAUCAGCAGCUGAUCCGCUUCUCUGCUCACCUGGCGGCCUGGCUUGUGUCUACUGGAGUUGCGGUUGCCUGCUGCGUCGCUGUUUACUACCUGGCUGAGAACAACUCAGAGUUCCUGAAGAACCACAGGAACCCCGGGGCAGUGCUGUUACUGCCUUUCCUUGUGUCUUGCAUCAAUCUGGCUGUGCCACGUCUCUACUCCCUGUUCAGGCUGGUGGAGCGGUAUGAGGUGCCACGGCAUGAAGUCUAUACCCUCCUGAUCCGAAACAUCUUUCUGAAAAUAUCAAUCAUUGGAAUUCUUUGCUACUAUUGGCUCAACAUUGUGGCCCAGGCUGGUGAAGAGUGUUGGGAAACCCUCAUUGGCCAGGAAAUCUACCGACUCCUUCUGAUGGAUUUUGUGUUCUCUUUAGCUGAUUCCUUCCUGGGCGAGUUCUUGAGGAGACUCAUUGGGAUGCAGUUUAUCACAAGUUCUGGCUUACAAGAGUUCGACAUUGCCAGGAAUGUCCUGGAACUGAUCUAUGCACAAACUCUGGUGUGGAUUGGAACCUUCUUCUGCCCUCUGCUGCCCUUUAUCCAAAUGAUUACUCUUUUCAUCAUGUUUUACGUCAAAAAUAUCAGCCUGAUGAUGAAUUUCCAGCCUCCAAGCAAAGCCUGGCGAGCCUCACAGAUGAUGACGUUCUUCAUCUUCUUGCUCUUUUUCCCAUCCUUCACCGGGGUCCUGUGCACCCUGGCCAUCACCAUCUGGAGACUGAAACCUUCCGCUGACUGUGGCCCCUUCCGAGGUCUGCCGUUCUUCAUUAACUCCAUCUACGGCUGGAUCGACACCCUGAGUAAAAGGCCCAGCUACCUGUGGGUUGUUUGGAUCUACCAGAACCUCAUCGGAAGUGUGCAUUUCUUUUUCAUCCUCACCCUCAUUGUGUUAAUCAUCACCUACCUUUACUGGCAGAUCACAGAGGGAAGGAAGAUAAUGAUCAGACUGCUCCAUGAACAGAUCAUUAAUGAGGGCAAAGAUAAAAUGUUCCUGAUAGAAAAGUUGACCAAGCUGCAGGAUGUGGAGAAGAGAGCAAACACCAGCUCAUUCAUCCCGGAAAGGAGAGAUGUAGAGCAACCGGACCCUUUGCAUGUCAGGGAACAAGAUGCUGCUUGUCCAUAGACCUGCGAUUAAGGCGAUCAGUUCAAGAAGAGAAUCCAGAGGCGUGAUGUUUGUUGCGGCAGUCAGACACACAUCAAAUGAAAAGACAAAGAUGGAACUACUUCUUCCAUGAUACCCGGGCCUUUCUGAGCUUCAGGAGGGGAAUUCAAGCCAUUAUCCAGGACGGGAAACUGGCCACAUUGAAUAUACUGAUGCAAAUUUGGCCAUUCCCUGCUGGGUUUUGUUUUUUUUUUUAAUACCUGGAUUGCUGAUUUUCCAAGAUAAAAUAAUUUAAAUUAAAGACUGUUGUAACAUUUGAACUGGUUCAUAAAGACCUGGAAGAGAGAACCUGGGAAUUAUGUAUUCAGUCCUUAAGAGAUGUGUAUAUGAAUUAUUGGUCCUUAGAAAUCUCUCCUCCGGGCGCCUGGGUGGCUCAGUGGGUUAAGCCGCUGCCUUCGGCUCGGGUCAUGAUCUCGGGGUCC